GUCUUCAACACAUCUGGGGUGAUCUUUGGCGGAAGGGCGGAUGCUGCUAGCUGCGUGUAGCUCGACACGGUGGAUUCCGCUGGGAAAAGCUAUAGAUCAUCGACAAGCGGCUCAUGGGCGAGCUCCUCUCCGUUGUACGCGUAGGUUAGCGGUGUCGCCUCUGGGAUGAAUCCACCGAGCCUCCACGCCUUUGUGGAUCUAUGUUAGCCUGGAAUAUGAGCAGAAGAAGACGGAGAUAAAGCAGCAGCAGCAAGCGGCGGCCGGCUUCCUGCGGGUUUUUUUUUUUGUUUUUCCCGUGGACAUGCCUGCUUCUAUGGAGCGGAGCUAGCUGGCCGACAGUCCGGCUAGCGCAACAUUUCCAGGCUUUUGGAUGCUUGUUUAGCUGAAGAGCUGAUUUAUUUUGGAUCAGCACCACCUCCCUCCCUCCCUCCCUCCCUCCAUCCCAUCCUCCUCCCUGGUUAAGGAGUCAGCAUGGGGGAGCCGAGCCUGGACGACGCCAAUGUCAAGGUGGCUGUUCGUGUACGGCCCAUGAACAGGAGAGAAAAGGAAUUAAACACGAAAUGUGUUGUGGAGAUGGUGAAGAACCAGACGAUCCUCCAUCCAUCCGGAGGUAACCUCGGCAAAGGAGACUCCAGGAGUCAAUCCAAGGUCUUUGCCUAUGAUUACUGUUUCUGGUCCAUGGACGAGACGGACAAGGAGAAAUUUGCAGGUCAGGAGGUGGUUUUCCAGUGCCUUGGGGAAAGUCUUCUCCGCAAUGCCUUUCAGGGCUACAAUGCCUGUAUCUUUGCCUAUGGACAAACUGGUUCAGGAAAGUCGUACACCAUGAUGGGUUCAGUGGACCAGCCAGGUCUGAUUCCCCGGCUGUGCAGCGCUUUGUUUGAACGAACCCAGAGCGAACAGCGGGAGCAGGAGAGUUUUACUGUUGAAGUGUCCUACAUGGAGAUCUACAACGAGAAGGUCCGAGAUCUGCUCGAUCCCAAAGGGGGUAGACAAACUCUGAGGGUGAGAGAACAUAAAGUUUUGGGUCCCUACGUGGACGGCCUGUCUCGACUAGCUGUGGCCAGCUACAAGGACAUCGAAUCUCUGAUGUCAGAGGGGAAUAAGUCUCGGACUGUCGCUGCUACCAACAUGAAUGAGGAGAGCAGUCGGUCGCACGCUGUCUUCAACAUCAUCCUCACACACACACUGAAAGACAUAAAGUCUGGGACGAGUGGGGAGAAGGUGAGUCGGUUGAGUCUGGUAGACUUGGCUGGAAGUGAGCGAGCGGCAAAGACUGGAGCGGCAGGAGAACGACUCAAGGAAGGAAGCAACAUUAACAAGUCUCUCACUACUCUUGGUCUGGUGAUCUCAGCGUUGGCUGAACAGGGAACAGCCAAGAACAAGAACAAGUUUGUUCCUUACAGAGAUUCUGUUCUCACAUGGCUGCUGAAGGACUGUCUAGGUGGCAACAGUCGUACAGCGAUGGUUGCAACCGUGAGUCCAGCAGCAGACAACUACGAGGAGACGCUAUCGACACUGCGCUAUGCGGACCGAGCAAAGAACAUUGUGAACCACGCUGUUGUUAAUGAAGACCCCAACGCUCGCAUCAUCAGGGAGCUCAGAGAGGAAGUAGAGAAACUACGAGUACAACUGACUCAGGCAGAAUCUUUAAAGGCUCCGGAGCUGAAAGAUCGUCUGGAAGAGUCAGAAAAGUUGAUUCAGGAGAUGACCAUCACAUGGGAGGAGAAGCUUCGCAAAACUGAGGAGAUUGCACAGGAGCGUCAGAAGCAGUUAGAGAGUCUGGGUAUAUCUCUCCAGUCUUCAGGGAUUAAAGUUGGAGAUGAUAAGAGUUUUCUUGUAAACCUUAAUGCUGAUCCUGCCCUCAACGAACUUCUGGUGUACUACCUGAAGGAACACACAAAGGUGGGCUCGGCCGACUCUCAGGACAUCCAGCUGUGCGGGAUGGGUAUUCAGGCAGAGCACUGUGUCAUCGAUAUUACUCCAGACGCUGCCGUCAUCAUCACUCCUUACCGCAAUGCUCGGACAUGUGUUAACGGUUCUCCAGUAACCAGCGGUCUACAGCUUCACCACGGUGACCGAAUCCUCUGGGGAAACAACCACUUCUUUAGGAUCAACCUGCCUAAGCGACGGGCUCGGGGAGCUGAGGACGAGGAGGGUGAGGGUGGUGUGAUGAAGAACAGUGGGAGCAGCGAGCAGCUGGAUGCAGAUGGCGACACAGCCAGUGAAGUGUCCAGUGAAGUCAGCUUCUCCUACGAGUUCGCCCAGACAGAGGUCAUGAUGAAAGCCCUGGGCAGUAAUGACCCCAUGCAAGCGGUCCUCCAGUCCCUGGAGAGGCAGCAUGAAGAGGAGAAGCGCUCUGCUCUGGAGCGUCAACGACAAAUGUACGAGCAGGAACUCCAGCAGCUCCGCAAGAAGCUGAAUCCGGACCGUCUGUCCACAGGCUCAUCAACAGGACUGCCGCCUGGGCAGCAAGUUCCGGGUCAGCAGUCUCACUACCGCAGUCUGGAGAGACUCAGUAUGGGAGGGAUGAGCCAUUCAACCAGUGCUCAGAGCAGACUGAGGCAGUGGAGUGAGGACAGGGAGGCAGUGUUGGUGAGGAGUCUGAGGCGGCUGAGGGAGCAGAUAGUGAGGGCAAACCUCAUGGUGCAAGAAGCCUGUUUCAUCGCCGACGAGCUGGAGCGACACACAGAGUACAGAGUGACUCUGCAGAUCCCGUCGGAUAACCUCAACGCAAACCGCAAGAGGGAUGCCGUGCUCAGUGAACCAGCAAUUCAGGUUCGACGUCGGUGUCGAGGGAAGCAGAUCUGGAGUCUAGAUAAGAUGGAGAACCGUCUGGUCGACAUGAGAGAGCUGUACCAGGAGUGGCAGGACUACCACGCGAAUCACCAGGACAACCCUGUGAUGCGCUCAUAUUUCCGUCGCGCAGACCCUUUCUUUGACGAGCAGGAAAACCACAGUCUGAUCGGUGUCGCCAACGUCUUCCUCUCCUGUCUCUUCUACGACGUCAAGCUGCAGUAUGCUAUUCCCAUCAUCAACCAGAAAGGAGAGGUGGCGGGGCGUCUUCAUGUGGAGGUGGUGAGGGUUGGAGGCGGUUUGGAGGACAACAUGGCUGGAGGAGAUGAUUCUGACAACAACCAAGACGCUGAAAUCCACGAUCGCAAACUGGUCUGCAUGAUUAAGAUCCUGCAGGCCACUGGUCUUCCCCAGUACCUGUCCAACUUCGUCUUCUGUCAGUAUGCAUUCUGGGACCAGCCUGAGCCGAUCAUAGUGGCUCCUGAAGUAGACCCAUCGUCCUCAUCGCCCAACACCAAGGACCCACACUGCAUGGUGGUGUUUGACAGCUGCAAGGAGUUGGCUGUGUCGGUAACUGAGGAAUUCAUUGAAUACCUGACUGAAGGGGCAGUCGCCAUCGAGGUAUAUGGACACAGACAGGCUGAUGCAGGGAGAAACCCUGCCCUAUGGGACCUGAGCAUCAUCCAGGCCAAGACACGCACACUACGAGACAGAUGGAGUGAGGUAACGCGUCGCCUGGAGCUGUGGAUUCAAAUCCUAGAGAUAAACGAGAACGGAGACUUUGUCCCAGUGGAAGUGGUUCCUGCUAGAGAUGUGCGGACGGGGGGAAUCUUCCAGCUUCGGCAGGGUCAGUCCAGGCGAAUCCAGGUGGACGUGCGUUCAGUUCAGGACUCGGGCACCAUGCCUCUGAUAGCAGAAAUACUGCUUGCGGUGUCAGUGGGUUGUGUGGAGAUCAGAAACACCACAGCAAACCAGGAAGUAGACGAGAUGGACAGUUAUCAGGAAAGAGAUCUGGAGCGUCUGCGAGCGCAGUGGUUGGCUGCUCUCACCAAGAGACAGGAAUACCUCGACCAACACCUUCAGAGCCUGGUCAGCAAAGCAGAAAAGACAGAGGAUGACAUGGAGAGGGAGGCCCAGCUCCUGGAGUGGCGUCUGACUCUGACAGAGGAGAGAAACGCUGUAAUGGUGCCCUCUGCUGGCAGUGGCAUUCCUGGAGCACCUGCUGAGUGGGUUCCUCUGUCAGGCAUGGAGACUCAUAUUCCUGUCAUCUUCCUGAACCUCAAACCUGAUGAUCUCAGCUCUCAGGAUCAGUUUGAAGUUCCUGAGGCUGGAGGUUGGGAUGCCACCCUGAAUGGAGAGGAUGAAGACGACUUCUUUGACCUGCAGAUCGUCAAACACUACGAUGGAGAGGUGAAAGCAGAGGCAUCGUGGGACUCCACCGUUCAUGAGUGUCCCCAGCUCAGUCGUGGAGGAGCGUGGCCGGAGCAGCGGGUAUACCUGACGAUUCGAGUGGUGGUCCAGCUCAGCCACCCUGCCGACAUGCAGCUGGUCCUGAGAAAGAGGAUCUGCGUCAACGUUAACCCGGGCCGGCAGGGUUUUGCACACAACUUCCUGAGAAGGAUGUCCACCCGCAGCACCAUACCUGGCUGUGGGGUCACCUUCGAGGUGGUCUCUAACAUUCCCGGGGACGCCCCUGGUUCAGAGGACAGGGAGAUGCUGGCCCGGCUUGCUGCGAGUGCACACAGCAGCCAGUCAGCAGAUGAAGAGGCUGCAAUAGAGAAAUACCUCCGCAGUGUCCUCAGUCUGGAGAACAUCCUGACUCUGGACAGACUCAGACAGGAGGUGGCAGUGAAGGAGCAACUGACUAGCAGAGGGAGAAGCAGCAGACGGAGCCUAAGUUCUCCUUCUGUCCACAGGCUGUCUGGAAGUAGACAAGAUCUGUCCACAACCUGCCUGCUGGAAGAUAAGGGUCGAUGGGAGAGUCAGCAGGAUAUCUUCAUGCCGACUCACCGCACCCUCCCUCGGCCCGCCUCUUCUCCUUCCUCCUACUCCACCUCCCCUUCUUCAUCCCCAACUCCCUUCGGCAUGACGCCCCCACAGAACCAGGAACCAGAGCAAGGUCGUUCAGGACUUGCUGCCUCUUAUCUUUCAGUUAAGGCGCUGGUCCCUCAGAUGCCCAAACUGCUCAAGUCUCUGUUUCCAGCACGAGACGACAAGAAGGAGCUGAGGCCUUCGCCACACAACCAGCAGCAUGUUCCUCGUAUCGUGACAUCAGGAGGAGACGACAGCCGAGGCAAGGCUGAGACGGUGAGAUUGCGUUCCUGUCCACCCUCCCCAUUAGAAGCUGACAAUCAAUUACAGAUAAAUACAUCGACGACUGCUAUUCUGCGGCCCCCAACCAAAGACAAACGGGCAGAGUUCCCAGAAGUCCCUCCUCUUCCUGUGCAUGACCCGCAUGAAACUACCCCCCUCAGCCCCCUCAGCCAGUCAUCAAGUGGCUACUUCUCCAGUAGUGUUUCUACAGUUACCCUGUCUGACGUCCUCCAAACCUCCUCCUCAUCUUCCUCCCUCCUGGCCGCUGAGACUACGUUACCCACAAACCCCCAGCAGCAGCAGCAGCAGCAGAGUGCUGACAGGAAUGACGUUGUGACCUCUCCUCCUCAGUGUGGCGCCAAGAUGGCCGUCGUCGCUCCGCCCACUUCUCACAGCUCAGCCAAUCACAAUAACGUCGGUGCAGAAAACUCCUCUGAACACUCGGGAGGGGGAGAAGGAGGAGAAGGAGGUAAAGGGUUUGAGAGGCUGGAGAUUUUUGUGGACGAUGAAGAGCAAAGCCAUGUUGACGUACUCCCCGAUUGGCUGACGGAAGGGGCGUAUGUUACAGUAGGAAGCAAUAAGGCCGGAACAGUGCGCUACGUGGGAGUGACGCAGUUUGCUGAGGGAGUGUGGGUGGGGGUGGAGCUGGACACCCCUGUAGGUAAAAAUGACGGUUCAGUCGGAGGUCAUCGGUAUUUCCACUGUAAACCAGGUUACGGGGUGCUGGUUCGCCCAGACCGGCUCACGCUCCGUGAUCGGACUAGCCGUCGCACGGCAGACUUUGCCGCUCCCGCCCACGUCCCCAUCCUGCGAGGAGAAGCCAUCGUUGCCCGCCGGGGGGAGAACCGCAAAUCCUGGAGCAGUUGAGACAAACAAACCAGGAACUAGAUGGGAGAGAUGAACUCCCCACAGCCCUCCUCCUUCUCCUCCUCCUCCUCCUCUUCUCUCCUCCUCCCAGCUAUGCAACAGGCUCACACAGAACUGACACACUGCCUACCCUCCGAUAGUUUGGAACUACAGUCACUACAUCCAUUCACAAAUAAUGGAUAAAAAUAGUUCAGAACGAACACGAGUAAGUUGAUGAAAGACUAUGCAGAGUAUAUAGAGGUCCGUGGAAGGACUAUUAUCAUGUGGGAAGAUUGCGGUCAGUGGGAAGACCGGCAAGGAUGAAUGGAAGUCAGUGUAGACCUUAUCAAAGUGGAUCGGACAUUGCAGACCGGAUCAUUUGCCUCAGAGAUGCUUUCUGAGCUGAUAUACAGGGAUGCAAACUAUUCGCAUUUUAGGCAGGAGUUACUUUAUUUUUAUUUUUUUUUGCUUUUUCUCCGAGUAUAUGUCAGACUUUGAGGUCAUGAUAGAGAAACACUAGUAUAAAACGUCUUCAUCUGUAGCAGCUCCGGCUGAUUUGUUAUUUAUUUCUUCUUCUCCACCAUUCGUAAUAAUUAGUUAUUCUUAGGAAAACAUUAAAAUAUACUGUAUGGGCAUUCUGACCUGUGACGUGUUUGCAUCCCUGGAUAUGAUGUUUCCACCAGACAGUCCUGAGACUCUCAAUGUCCCAGAAUUCCCUGCGCCGGCUGCCACUCCUCUGAACUCUCUAGGUCUUAGUCUGCAGUGUCAAAGCGUCUAGUCCGAGUCAUUGUUGACUCAUUGUUUGAGACACGUCUCCUCCUCCUGGACUCUUUUCUUUUGAAGAUGGAUCCUCCCAGAAUGUGCCUUCACCAUGGCUUGGUUUGUUUCUCUUUUUUUUUUCCUGUGUAUUUAAUUUCAGUUCGCUGUGUUUUGCGUUUUAAGAGAAUGCCUCGAGCUAAGUGUGAGGUGAUCUCAGGGACUGCAGAGGGGAAAAGGACAAGGAGGGGCGUGUGUGUGUGUGUGUUUGUGUGUGCGUGUUUGUAAAUGUUGUACAGUGAAGUUGUUGGCCUCUGUGCACAAAUAAGUUCAUAUUGUCGUAGCUGUGUUUUUAAUGAUGAAGAUUAUAUGUGUAAAGCAGGAAAAGUCACGUCCUUGUCGGACAAAGCCACUAUGGGAGCAUGGUGUUUGUACUGGGAGGCUUUAAAAAAGUCGAUUUUGCACUGGAGACGUUGGACAAGAAGCAUUUGUAUGUGAGCAGGACAUGUCUGCGGUCACAGUGCAGCGCAGCCGAGAGGUUAGACGAGUGUCAACAGAUUCCUCAAACCAACUUGUAAUGUGAAAACGGUUCUCGAUGACCUUAAAUCAGAGUAUAUUCUCCGUCUGGAUGUCUGUCCUUGAUGCAUAUUUGCUAAGUUAUCCUCUGUGGCUAACAUUCAGACACCAGGGGGCGCUGUUUUAAAGUAGUACUUUUGUGUUGUGUUGGUGGGAAAAUAGGGACGUGUAUGUGUUGAGGAAAAGGAAGUGAGAUGGACACGUGGAUGAUCUGCUGGGUUUGCUUCUAUGCAUGUUUUUAGAGAGAGACGACGUACUCUCUAUGACUUAGAGAGAGUUGUACAUUUUGGGAAAGUAUUCAACACACGAGCAGUUCUGACUGAUCGAACAUUAAAAUUAGUUUUUCGUCUUUAUUGAGUAUCACCAGAGGAGACUUUAACAUUUCACAGUGACUUUAUUCUUUGAUCAUUUAAUGGGAAAGCAUUGGAAGAAGAACACAGCACUGUUUCAUACGUUGAUAUUCACGGAGAACGCAGACAGAAUGCUCUCAGUGCUUUUCCAUAUGUUAAAGGGGCACUCCACCAAUUUUACACAUGUAGUUCAGUUCCCUGUCAUAAGGAGGACUGUGCCGCUUGUGAAAACAGUUGUAGCUUUGGAGAGACGCUACAAACUUGGUCGUAACAAAAUAAAUUGCCAAGAAUAGGCCAGUUGCCAGUUGCUGCUCUGGUGAUUUUUGGAGCUUCACCCACAAUAAUACACACCAAAAGUGAGCGUUUGGGCGGCCUCUGCUGUUUUUAAAUUCAGCUCGUUUAGGUCCGUCUGUCACAUCUUUCCUUACUUAACUAAAUUGUGGGAGUGCCCCUUUUUAAUAAACUAGACCGAGGUCAGUGUAAAGUGUUUUGUUUGAGUCAUCCUGAGUUGGAGUGAUGCUGUCUCACCAAGUGAGGUAAAAGCAUUUGCUGAUGGCGGAUGAUGGGAAAGUAUCCUUUAGUACUAUGUCUCAUUUACAGACAGCUAGGCUGAGUUCAUAUCCUGAUGACGAUGACGAUGAUGAUGAUGAAGAUGAUGAUGACAAAUCUAAAUGUUAGUUGACAUGUUAAUGACGUCCGCUGAGGCAGGUUUUACAGCCUGUAAGCUGUUUCUAUGGAGACAUUCGGUUUAUCCAUGUACACUAGGGAGUCUACAGAUUUCUGAUGGGAUGAUUCGACGAUGCAUGCUCAUGAGUCGAUCACCUGGCAUAACGUGUGGGUCUAAAUGCACUCGGUAUGUCCAAACACUAUCAUCUUUAUGGAUACAGUAUGUCUUUUUCCAUUCUUUUUAUCAUGCGUCUUCUUAAUUCGAGAGACGUGAAUUUACUAUUUAUAUUUAAAUGCUUAUACACAUGCAUUUAUCGCAUGAAAAUUGAUUAAAAAAAAAAACGUUUUAUUUUAAUAAAUAUUGCACAAAUGAUUCCAUGAAAAUUGCUGCUAUUAGCAUUGUAAAUUUACCUGUAUAUGGAUCAAUUGAUUUAUCUAACACUCUCUAUCUCUGACUGUAUACUAGAUUGGAAUUCAGUAGUUGGCGAGCGCUUUGGUUCAGUGGCCAAUAUGUCUUUUAAUAUGAAGCAGUACAAUUUCUAAAAGUGAGGCACUUUGUCAUGUAAGCCUUGAAGAAGAUGUGUGAGGAAAGGUUGGAAUAUUUUCUGGGUGAAUAAUCACUCCAUUGAUUUUUUUUUUUUUUUGAGAGGAGACUUUAAUGUUGGAGUUGAAGUAUGGAGGCGAUAUUUCACCAUAGUCUAGUUAUUAUCUGUGUAUUUAUUAUCUGGCCUUAAAGCCCAGGACCCUGUAAUUGGUUACUGUCUGGUAUGUUAUUGGUUGGAAAGUAGGAAGUGUUUCUUAGGUUGGACUCUGGCUGGGUUGAUUGUUUGUAAUAAUAUUGUGGUUCAGAACGGUUAUGUGGUAAUGAAGGAAGGGAGUACAGUUUUCUCGUGUAUGUGUGGGUGUGUGUGUGUGAAUGUUGGGUGGACAUUUAGGUGGCUUUGCUUCAGACGUGUCCACGAGUUCUCACCAAGAUGGGAAAUGACCGCCAGCUGCCCGCUUCACUUGUUCGGACUCGAGCCGAGAGCGACAAACCUUCAACCCUCUCUGUUAUGGCUGAUGCGACUUCCCAUCCUGGUCUUUGCUCGUGACACCGUUAAAGGGGCUUGAGAUCACUUCAGGCUUCUGGAUGUCCCCUUUUUUUUUUUUUUUUUUUUUACGUUAUUGUGCCUCAGAAAUCAUAUGACCAUCUAUCUAUCUAUCUUCCACACACUGUUUUCAUAUCAGUGCUUCAAUUCAUUUGCACAGAAGUCUCCAGAGGGAAUCGAAGAGUUCAUUUCUGGAACGCUUGUAUAUGUAGGAAGAAAAUACAAAAUGUUUUUUUGUUUAUUUUAACGAUUCAAGUGUUCUCAAGUUUCCUGAUGCUCUUUAAAUUGUACUGAAAUUUGAAUUCUCUGCUUUGAGUUUCAGUUUUUGGAGCAAUAUUCUUGAGCUACAUUCCUUCACUCGACUCAAUUUUCUGUUAAAAAAAAGAUGAAAUUUGGUUAAUUUGGGAGCUAUUAUUUAACAUGACAGCAGAGCCAAGCUCAAACAUGGUGGUAAUAAAUGUCUCUUUUUUUUCUCGCACACAUCCUCAUCUUUAACUCUCCACGCAGUUUGCAGCGUCAAAUCUGUUAUUUUAGUAGAACAUGUGGGGUGCAGCUCGCGGGCUGCGUGAUGCACGCGAUCCACAGAAUACUAGAGUCUGGUGUAUCAAUUAUUUUCCACAGAAAACUAGAAUUAGUCGUAACUAAAGAGAUUAGAGCGAAGCCAGCAGUGUUAUUUCUGCGGCUGAAUCAACCAUAAAAAAACACAUUCAGUUCUGUUUUUAUUAACCUGAUUUGUGUCCAGUCAUAUUUUAGACUGCUUAUUGAUCUGAAUGAGUCUUUUCUAAGUGCUUUUGUUUUGCUCAGAUACCCAUUGGUCCCAUAUCUUUAUUGCAUUCACCUCCUGUUGCAUUUCCUGUAGCUCUGUGCUAACUAUGGGAUCACUGGUCUGGAGCAACAUGGUGCCCCGCCUUAACGUCGCCUUCAAUCUGGAUCCAGACUGGUUUUAGCAGGAACAAUCUCAGCUCUCUCUUACCCAGACGUGCUGUACUCUAAACACUCAGCGUACUGUGCUAUGGAAGAGAGUCAUUCCGAAAUAGUCUGGUUUACAAUUUAAAAAGGCAUAAAAACAUGAUGAGUAAGUCCAUCUCCAGAUUAAUAUCGACACGUUGAGUAGAAAAGAUCCUUUGGUCACAGAUGCUGUCAGGUUUUGAAGACCUCAGAGGGAUUUCUAAAGAUUUCCACUGAUCCAACCCUCCUGUAUCGCUGCCUUACUGGAGGGAAAGUCAUCAUGUUGUCUCCCAGAGGCUGCUGUCACACCUCAGUCAGAAAAGAUUCCCACACAGGGAAUUUUAUAUAUACGACAAGAAAACCAUCAAAGCGAAUGAAUUUACAACUCACCACUGCCCUACAGCAGCAUGCCCCCGACAGCUUCUGCCUCCUCGGGAUCGUCACACUACCAGCCAGAGAUCGCG